AUGUACGCCAAUGCCAAGCUGCACCUGCACAAAGACCUGCGCGUGCUCCUCGGGCAGGCGCACAUCCGGCGCGCGCUAGCACGAGCCGUGCGCGCAGACAGCGUCUCUCCGUACUAUUUCAUAGCCGACCACGCGGCUAGACUGGGCUCCGAUAAGGAAGCUAUCUGGGCCCGUGACUACGCAUCCGGCAGAACCGUGACAUACUCAUGGACGGAACUGCUCGAGCGGGCAAACCAGUUUGCCUGGUGGUUCCUCGCGCGGGGCGUUAAACGCGGGGAUUUGGUCGGGUUCUACAUGCUCAACUCGGCGGAGUUUGUUUUUGCAUGGGUUGGGCUCUGGGCGGUGGGCGCUGCGCCGGCGAUGGUUAAUUACCAUUUGAGAGGGGAUGCGUUGGUGCAUUGUCUAAGGAUUAGUGGGGCGCGGUUGGUGCUGGUGGAUGGGGAUGCGGAGGCUGAGAAGAGGAUUGAGGAGGUAAGCGGGGAGAUGAGGAAUAAUAUGAAGGGGGAAAGGGGGAUGGAGUUUGUCAGGCUGGCGGAUAUAAGGAGGGAGGUGAGGGCUAUGAAGACUGAUAUGCCACCGCAUGAGUUGAGGAAGGGUAUUAAAGGGACGGAACCGAUGGCGCUGUUCUACACGAGCGGGACCACGGGAAUGCCGAAGGGGUGUGCGAUUCCGGUUGCGGGAGGGUUCGGACAGGGUUAUGGAAGAGUGACGGGGAUGAAUCCCGUGGACCCAGACCGUGACAGAUUUUAUGUCUGCAUGCCCUUCUAUCACGGCACUGGGGGCAUCAGUGCCAUCGGCCAGAUCCUGGCCGGCAAUACAAUCUGCAUAGCCCCCAAGUUCAGCGUCUCCAACUUCUGGUCAGACAUCCGCGAUUCGCGUGCUACAUGGUUCGUCUAUGUCGGCGAGACCUUGCGUUACCUGUUGGCAGCCCCGCCGUCACCUCUUGACCGCCAACAUCACGUACGUGCCGUCUUUGGGAACGGCCUACGCCCGGAUGUAUGGCAGCGGUUCCGCGACCGGUUUGGUGUAGAGUGCGUCUAUGAAUUCUUUAACAGCACUGAGGGCAUGUUAAGCCUCGAGAAUAUCAGCCGGAACGACUACACUGCCCAUGCGGUUGGCCAUCAUGGACUCUUGCGGCGCUGGAAGUACCAUCAGAUUUAUGUGCCGGUAGCCGUUGAUGCCGAAACAGGAGAUCUUGUUCGGGAUCCACAGACGGGGUUUGCGUAUCGGAUGCCUUACGAGGUUGGCGGAGAGAUAUUGGUUCGAAUUCCUUCCGAGAGGCCGUUUCCUGGAUACUGGGGCGAUCCAGGGGCCACCAAGAACAAGUUUGUUCAGGAUGUCUUUGAAAAAGGAGACUGCUUCUACCGCACAGGGGACGCGCUACGGAGAGAUAGUGAGGGCAGAUGGUUCUUUCUAGACAGGCUUGGCGAUACAUUUCGGUGGAAAGGGGAAAACGUGUCAACGGCCGAGGUCUCCGAGGUGUUGGGAAAGUUUACUGGCGUGCUGGAUGCCAAUGUCUAUGGCGUCCAACUACCUGGCCACGACGGUAAGGCAGGAACAGCUGCAAUCUACAUCGACCCGGCUCUUAAGGAGAGCUUCAAUCAUCAAGAUUUCUUGCGACAUGCUCGCACUCACCUGCCCAGGUACGCGGUACCCCUUUUCCUGCGUCACGUACAAGCACCCUUCAGAACACACAACAACAAGCAGAACAAGAUCCCCCUAAAGCGGGAGGGCGUCGACCCGGACAAGGUGUCUGCUGGGGAUAAUAUAUUUUGGAUUGAAGGUUAUGGUAAGGGCUGCACGUACGUCCCAUUCACACGCCAGGACUGGGAGGAUCUUCAUAUUGGGAAGGCCAAGUUGUGA